AUGCUUGAGUCAACCGAAGAUUCAUCUCAAAAACAAUCAUCUUCAAAUAAAAGUAGUAAUAAAACCGUCUCCCUUUCUGCUGCUGGUAUGCGUGCUUUGAUUUAUCAAUUACAAGUAUUAUAUCUUAGAACUCCUGUAAAGUUAUUCCGUCCUUCCAGAUUUGAUUAUUUAGCGUAUGUUCGAGAAUUAGCUAAUAAACAUGAUAAUAUUAAUGAAAAACCAUAUAAAUUCCGAUCCCAUUCAUCAAUUGGAAUGAUGGUAACCGUGGCUAGAAAGGAAGGAUUCAGAUUCAUACCUGAUCAAGUGUUACCUCCUUUAAUUGCCAAUUCCGCCACGGGUAUAAUCCUUUAUGCCACAUAUUUAACUACGUUGGAUCAUUUUAAUAAUAAUCAUCAUAGUUCAACUCCUCUGGCGUUCAAUUAUUAUUCUCCGAUUGAUACUUGGAGAGCUGGGUUCAUUGCUGGAGCGGUUCAAUCAUUGGCUGCUGCUCCGGUUGAUGCGAUUUAUACCAGACUGAAUGCAGCAGAAAUGUUGAAUGGUAAACAUCAAAAUCUUUGGAUUUAUGGAUUAAAUAAAUUAAAAGAAGUUGGAUUGGUAGGAGUGUUUGCCGGUUAUUCAUUUUCAUUAAUUAAAGAAAGUUUUGGAUUUGCGUUUUAUUUCUCUACAUUUGAGAUUGUUAAAACUCAAGGUUAUAAUUUAACUUAUAAAACGAUAUUAGCGUAUAGAAGAUCGAAAGAAAAGAUUAAAGAAAAACUUUUAACUUUUACUAAAUUGGAUGAAGAACAAGUUGAUGAAAGAUUAUUAAAAUUGGAACGUAAUAGAACUACAAAAAUAUUAAAAUCUUCAUUCAUUUUAUUAGCUGGUGCUUCAGCUGCCUUUUCAUUAUUAGCUAUUCAAUACCCUAUUUCUAAAAUUCAAAAGAUUCAUUUAUCAAGAUUAGAAGCGUUGGAUAUAUAUAAUUCCGCUGCUCAUGAAACCAAACCAUUCAUAAAGUUAUAUUACAAUUCUUAUAUUGAUACUUAUCAUCAAAUUGUCAAAUUCAAGAAUAAAUCGAAAACUACUUGGUUUCAACUUGGGUAUAAAGGAUUUGUAAGAAAUGCUCUAACUACUAUCCCAGCUACUUCGGUAGGAUUAUUAGUAUUUGAAAUCAUGAGAACUAGAUUAUCUGAUAGUUUUGAUGAUUAUGAAGUAUUAGAUGCUUAA